AUUCACUUCCUGCUAAUUAAUUAAUAAUUAACUGGCAGCGGGCGGAGCUCGCUCCCAUCUCUUCCCCCGUGUUUCAGAGUUUCUCUGUCUCAGUCUCUCUCUCUCUCUCUCUCUUGCUAUCUUUAAUUUCGCGGUCAUCCACACAAUUCAAUCCCAGUUACCCUGUAAUUUACCUCUCUAGUCUCUACCUUCCCCAUAUGCUUCAAUUAUCUAUAUAUACCCUUCUUCUAGCAGACUCCUUUCAUUCAUCUUUCUUGUUUCUUUCGUCUGCCUACUGAUCCAUUACCCUCUCUUUCUUCUACUACUUGAUACUUCUGCUUUCUUGGUUUUAUUCCUUUUAAGAUUCUUUAGGCAGCCAUGAAUGCUUUAGCAGCUACGAACCGCAAUUUUCGCCACGCCGCACGGAUUCUUGGUUUGGACUCUAAAGUUGAAAAGAGUCUUUUGAUCCCUUUCAGAGAGAUCAAGGUAGAGUGCACGAUCCCCAAAGAUGAUGGAACUCUGGUGUCGUACGUUGGAUUCAGAGUGCAACAUGAUAAUGCUCGUGGGCCUAUGAAGGGAGGAAUCAGAUACCAUCCUGAGGUUGACCCUGAUGAAGUAAAUGCCCUGGCCCAACUAAUGACAUGGAAGACUGCUGUAGCAGACAUUCCAUAUGGUGGAGCGAAAGGAGGGAUUGGUUGCAGCCCAAGGGAAUUAAGUUUAAGCGAGUUAGAACGACUAACCCGUGUCUUUACUCAGAAGAUCCAUGAUCUCAUUGGCAUUCAUACAGAUGUUCCAGCGCCAGACAUGGGCACUAAUUCACAGACCAUGGCAUGGAUACUGGAUGAAUACUCAAAGUUUCAUGGUCACUCUCCAGCUGUUGUGACAGGAAAGCCUAUAGAUCUUGGCGGAUCACUGGGUAGAGAGGCUGCAACUGGUCGUGGAGUUGUUUAUGCUGCUGAAGCUUUGCUCGCUGAAUAUGGGAAAUCCAUUGAGGGUUUGACAUUUGCUAUUCAGGGCUUUGGGAACGUUGGCUCCUGGGCAGCAAGGCUCAUACAUGAGAGAGGUGGAAAGGUUAUUGCAGUUAGUGACAUCAAUGGUGCAAUCAAGAACCCAAAAGGACUUGAUAUUCCAGAACUGCUUAGACAUAAAGAAGCUACUGGCAGUUUAACAAAUUUCCAUGGUGGGGAUUCUAUGGAUCCCGGUGAAUUGCUGGUACAUGAAUGUGAUGUCCUCAUCCCAUGUGCUUUAGGUGGAGUUCUGAACAGGGAAAAUGCUGCAGAUGUGAAGGCCAAGUUCAUUGUAGAGGCUGCAAACCAUCCUACUGAUCCUGAAGCAGAUGAGAUUCUAUCUAAGAAAGGAGUCGUAAUACUUCCUGACAUAUAUGCCAAUGCUGGAGGUGUGACUGUCAGCUACUUUGAGUGGGUUCAGAAUAUUCAAGGUUUCAUGUGGGAAGAAGAACAGGUGAAUAAGGAGCUGCGAAGGUACAUGACUCGAGCCUUCCAUAACAUCAAGAACAUGUGCAAGACACAUGAUUGCAAUCUUCGAAUGGGUGCCUUUACCCUUGGCGUAAACCGAGUUGCACGUGCCACUCUGUUAAGAGGAUGGGAAGCAUAAAUCAAGUUUAUUUUAGUCUCCAAGUUUGUGCUUUGCUUACCCUCUUCAUCCUCAAAUGUAUCCGUACCUAUAGCUGAAGGGGCUUUUUGCAAAAUAAAAUUUAAAAAAAAAUAUAUUUU